UGUUGUUGUUGUUGUUUUUUUUUUUUUAGCAGCACAAUCCCUUUCUCUUUUAGCUUUAUGAAAACUGCCCAGGCAGCUGGCUCCUCUGCCCCACUAUGCCACUCGGCGGCCUUAGCCAUGAGGCUUCUGGAGCCCGUGCCGGCUCAGCCUCCCUGGCUGUGGACACUGCACUAGGCCAUGGAUCAGCAGCCUGGAGCUACUAAUUAAUCUGUUACAUUGUCUCAGAGGGGAGGCCCAGGGGACUGCGGAAACCAGCAAGGGGCGGGGGCAGACUGUGAGCUUUAUCUUGAGGACACUGGAAAAUAUCAAGAGGAAGGCAACCUCUUCCUGUCUUCUCUCCUCAGUAUUUCCAUAAUGUCUCUUUUUCUGCCUGUCAGGCCACCCUCGGGCUCUUCUAUAGGGACAAAUAGGUGUUUGGAACUCACCCAGAUUACCUAAAGUGAACUCACACCUCAAAGUCCUCAGUCAUGUGUCCAGACUGUUCUCCCGAUAAGGUGCCACUGCUGAGUUCCAGAGGUGAGGCUCGGCAAUCCUCGGGAUCAUGCCACAGGAUGGGUGACUGGUAGGAGCCAGCACAUUCAGGGGGCAGCGGCAGCUGAGGUCCCGGUGCCCAGUUCUCACAUGACUAAGAAGGACUGUUGGUUUUGUGGGUUCACAUUGGGCAGUGGUCCACAGAGACCUAUUUCCUGUAACUUCUUGCUUCCUGACUGUGUGGUGUCCAAGUGAACCUGGUGUUUGAGCAUGUGAUAGAUCACAGGAUGAACUGUCUUAGCCAUAUUUACAAAUCUCUUCGGUGGCCAAAGUCACACAGCCAGUCAGUGGCAGAGACGAAAUUGCUCUUCCAGAGUUCAAUCUCAGACUGAGUUCAUCCAGACUUCAUGGUCGGCCUGGAGACUGGAGGGGACAGGACCAGGCCUGGAGGGAGACCAAGCUGUAUUGUGAACUGAUGGUGGCCUGGCCUGAGGAGGUGACCGAGACAGGGGACAGAUGGGGUUGGAGAAUAUGUGGAAGAUAAAGUAGGUGGGAUUUCUUUGAGUUUUGGUUGUCUGAGACAGGGUUCCAAGUUGCUUCAUAGGCAGCAACCCCAGCCUUAAACAGCUACCCCCCUGCCUCUGCUUCCACCACCACCCUAGUGGAAGGAUCACAGCAAAUACUACCUUGCCCAGAUCAAGCAAUAGGACUCAUAGUAGAAUGGAUGGGCAAAGAGCAGGGUUGGGGAAGGUAAGGAGGAGAGGGGUUAAGAGGGUGCCGUAUUCCUGACUAGGGCAGCUAACGGUAAGUUGUUGGAACACCUUCCUGGGGCUAGUAAGUUCAGGAAAAAAGGUCAUUGGGGUUAAAGGAAGAAUCCACGAGAUUCAGAACGACACACUGUGAUUGUGUAGCAACUUGUUUCAGAGCUUUGAGACAGAUUAUAUACCACCUGCCUAUAGAGAGGGUCAUUGAAGUCAUGGACAUCAUCAACUGACCAGCAAGAGAGGCAGCUAGAGGAGAGCAGGAAGCUUUGAAGGGAGAGCCCCGAGUGACUCUCACUUUCAAGGGGCAGGGAGAGGCGAACUUCCCAGAGCAUUCUGAGACAGCCACCAGAGAGAUUCAAGGAGGUCAUGAGAACGUAGGCUCCUUGGGGCUGUGGUUAGAGGGAGAAGGAAGUGAUCCACAAUCAUGGGAGUCGCUCACGGAAUCUGCAGUAUGCCUGCUGGCUUUGGGGUGGGGGUGGGGUAGGAGGGGGGUGUGUUGAUGAGGGGUGGGGGUGGGAGUCAGACUGGAGUGGGUGAAGGAGUGAAUGGAGGUGUACGGGAUGGAUGUGGUGACCCACUCGUUCAAAAGACUGGGCUCCACAGGAGGAGCCAGGCCCUGCAUGGCAGCAGAAGCAUGUGGGGUAGAGGAAGGUUUAUUUUUAAGAUGAUAAAUUAUAUUUAAAUGCGAUGGGGAAAAGAGGGAGAGCAAUGGUUGUCUUCAUGGGGACCAGUCAACAACCACGGGGGGAAGCUUGCCCGGACCCUUCCUUGUAUAAUCACCAGUGACAGGACUGAUACCCAAGGUGUUGUCUGGACCCUUCACCAUCUCAGCCAUACCCAUACGGACAUGGCUGUCAAGACCCUUGUGGCGCAUGACUUUUAUCCUAGCAUUCAGGAGGCAGAAACAGGAGGAUCUCUGUGAGGCCAGCCUGGUCUACAAAGCCAGUCCAGGACAGCCAAGGACUGUGGUUACACAGAGAAACCUCCUCUCACGAAAUGAGAGAGAGAGAGAGAGAGAGAGAGAGAGAGAGAGAGAGAGAGAGAGAGAGAUCCUUGUGAAGGGUAGUGUGCACACUUUUUUUCCUGUAGUUUGAUGCAAGGAAUUGAUGCUCCCACAAAUGUUCCCCUCAACAUGAGCGAGGGUGUGUGUUCAGACAGCAAAGCCUGAAGCUAGCCCCCGGCUCUCUGCAGAUUAUAGAUGAGAAGGCGGUUUCUCUCAGAGCUUUCACUUUAGAGUUUACCUUUGCUCAGAACUCUGAGGUUCCUCAGAAGAGAUAGGCAGACUUUGCUUCCAGUCACUUCCUCCCUGGAGCGCUCGGAGAGCCUUCUCACCAUGCUGCCAGUGAGACAUUUAUGCAGCUACAACUCCGCGAAAGUCCUUCAUAUCCACAGCACACGGCUCGGGGCUCUGAAGAACUUCUUCCUACUGGCCAUCUGCAUCUAUAUCUGCUUUGCUUUGAUGAGCGACAAGCUAUAUCAGCGGAAGGAGCCCCUUAUCAGCUCUGUGCACACCAAGGUCAAAGGCGUUGCAGAGGUGACAGAGAAUGUCACGGAGGGCGGGGUGACGAAGUUAGUACACGGCAUCUUCGACACGGCCGACUACACCCUCCCUUUGCAGGGGAACUCGUUCUUUGUAAUGACAAAUUAUCUCAAGUCAGAAGGCCAAGAACAGAAGCUGUGUCCUGAGUAUCCCAGCCGCGGUAAACAGUGCCAUUCUGACCAGGGUUGUAUAAAAGGAUGGAUGGACCCACAAAGUAAAGGAAUCCAGACCGGCAGGUGUAUACCUUACGACCAGAAGAGGAAGACCUGUGAAAUCUUUGCCUGGUGUCCUGCUGAGGAAGGGAAAGAAGCCCCCCGGCCUGCACUCUUGAGGAGCGCCGAAAACUUCACCGUACUCAUCAAGAACAAUAUCGACUUCCCGGGCCACAACUAUACUACGAGAAACAUCUUACCAGGUAUGAACAUCUCUUGUACCUUUCACAAGACUUGGAACCCUCAGUGUCCCAUCUUCCGGCUAGGGGACAUCUUCCAGGAAAUCGGAGAGAACUUUACAGAGGUGGCAGUUCAGCUGCUGAAACUUUUCCUAAGGGAGCUCAGACAGAAAGCAGAGAAGGCCUUGGAUGCAGUCCCCUGGAUCAGGGGAGGAAUCAUGGGCAUUGAGAUCUACUGGGACUGCAACCUGGACAGCUGGUCCCAUCGCUGUCAACCCAAAUACAGCUUCCGCCGGCUGGACGACAAGUACACCAAUGAGUCCCUGUUCCCUGGCUACAACUUCAGAUACGCCAAGUACUAUAAGGAAAAUGGCAUGGAAAAGCGGACAUUGAUCAAAGCCUUCGGCGUGCGUUUUGACAUCCUGGUUUUUGGCACUGGAGGAAAGUUUGACAUCAUCCAGUUGGUUGUGUACAUUGGAUCCACCCUGUCCUAUUUCGGUUUGGCCACCGUGUGUAUUGACUUGAUCAUCAACACGUAUGCCAGUACCUGCUGCAGGUCACGUGUUUACCCCUCCUGUAAGUGCUGCGAGCCCUGUGCAGUGAAUGAGUACUACUACAGAAAGAAGUGUGAGCCCAUCGUGGAGCCCAAGCCGACGUUAAAGUAUGUGUCCUUUGUGGACGAGCCCCACAUUUGGAUGGUGGACCAGCAGCUGCUUGGGAAAAGUCUGCAAGAUGUCAAAGGUCAAGAGGUCCCGAGACCCCAGACGGACUUCUUGGAACUGUCUAGGCUCUCCCUCUCUCUCCACCACUCACCCCCAAUUCCUGGACAACCUGAGGAAAUGCAGCUGCUCCAGAUAGAAGCGGUUCCUAGGUCCAGGGACAGCCCAGAUUGGUGCCAGUGUGGAAACUGCCUCCCGUCUCAACUACCAGAGAACCGCAGGGCCCUGGAGGAGCUGUGCUGCCGGAGGAAGCCAGGACAGUGCAUCACUACCUCUGAGCUCUUCAGUAAGAUCGUGCUAUCCAGAGAGGCCCUGCAGCUCCUCCUGCUCUACCAGGAGCCCUUGCUGGCGCUGGAGGGAGAGGCCAUCAACAGCAAGCUGCGACACUGUGCGUACAGGAGCUAUGCCACCUGGCGCUUUGUCUCCCAAGACAUGGCCGACUUUGCCAUUCUGCCCAGCUGCUGCCGCUGGAAGAUCCGGAAGGAGUUCCCCAAGACCCAGGGGCAGUACAGUGGCUUCAAGUAUCCCUACUGACAGUAUGGCUGCCACAUUAUGGUGACUCAUAAUAUAGCAUUCUCUUGGAAAGACUUAGAGACACACUUUCAGCCAAAGGGGAACUUAAGUCUUCCUCCCUCGUAAGCCGUGUUGAAGGGAUUGUUAGGCCAAUGGCAAGCACAUGAACCCCUCUCCACGUGGAUGAGAAACAGAUGCAGAUCUGAGCCUGCGGCUUGACCUGGACUGCGGUGCCACCCACAGCCUAUAACGUAUACACAGGCUCCUCGAAUCCCGAUCUUCCCCAACUCACUUCCUCUGAACUAGCAUUGUGGAGACGGUGAAGGUGUUUUCUCUCCCGUCCAUGUCUCCACAGCUUCCUGGAUACAGAGGCCCAUUCCUGAAAACCAAACCUUUUGAGAUUCGAGAGUACUCUGAGAAAUGAAAUAUGGCCACAAAUUCUUUGACGUCCUCCACCCCAACCCAACCCCUCAAGACCCAAAGGUGUCGUUUCCCCUCCCCAUUACGGGCAACUCUGGCGGCUUCAUCCAGUAGCGGAUGUGACGUCACAUGUAUUGUUUCAGGCCCUAGUUUUAAGAGGCUAACAACUUCCAAUUCCUGUUGAACGCUUGCUGAGAGGAAGCCAGGCAAGUUAAGAGCACAACUAUAGGGGCUUCUCGGCUGUGAGGAAGCCCGAGAAGCUCCAGGGGGAAGUAGUCAACCUGAGCCAGCUCAUCACCAGAAGCUGCCACCGGCAGGUGAUUCCAGACACGACACGUGACUGAAACUGCAGGAGACGAACUGCGCAUGUCAACCCAGAGGACCACUCUGCUGCCUUGUCGUCACAUGUGGGGAGUGCGGUCACCACACAGCAACAGGCAACCGGAGCAAGGGAUGCUAACCGAGGCCCGAGUCACUGCAAAGCGUAGAGACUCCUUAUAUCGGGCAACUUUAAGAGGUCACAUUAACCAGACUAGAAGCCAUCGCAUCUAACCGCAUACCAGACACAGUCUGACGCCUCAUUGCUAUGCUAUGGUUCUAAGUGACUGCUAUUGGCAGAAACCACUAAAAGCCGCCUCUGUGCCUUUAACGUCCUGGACUGAACAGCCAAUGAGUCCGAGGCAAUCUAAUGCCUCAGCCUAGUGCCUUUGGGGGGCGGGGGGUCAGAAGAGGGUGUCGGGUCUCCUGGAACUGGAAUUGCAGGUGGAUAUGAGGUACCGUGUGGGUGCUAGGAAGUGAACUUGAGCCCUCUGGAGCAGCAGCCGGUGCUCUUAACCACUGAGCCGUCCCUACACCUUCAAAACCACAUCUUAAAAAUCAUAAUCAUAAUAGAGAAAAAGAGAGGGGAAGAGCGGCUAGGGAGGUGGUUCAGUGGGUAAGAGCACAAGCAUGAGGACCUUUGUUGGGAUCACAGCAUCCACCUAAAGUUUGGAUGUGGCUUGGUAGAGACAGGAGGGUGGGGGUGGGGGUGGGGGGGUGAGCUUGCCAUGUAAUCUGAUGACCUUGAACCCCAUGGUGAAUGUGGAGAAUCACGUUCUCUGACUUCCACAUGGACCUCACACACACACCACACACCACACAGACACAGACACACUACCACCACAACCACAAGCACACAUACACAUGAAGACACACAGAGACAUAUACACACUACCACUACCACCACAACCACACACUCACACACACAUACAUGCAUAUACACACACACAUACAUCAUACAUGCACACUAAUGAUAAAUAAAAUAGAUUUAAAUUUUUAAAGAAAGCCAGUACCCUUCCUUCCCUGUUCUCUACAACCGCUAAGCAUAUAAGAGAUAACAGUCACAGGUUUGAGACCUUGCCUCAAGAUUUCUUUUUGAUAGUUUUUUUUUCUCUAGACAUAGACACUUGUCUCUACAGAACAAAGACUUUGAGUAUUAUGAGAUACUGUGACUGAUGAUCUGCGACUUUUAGAUCCACUUUUUUUUUAUUUUUUUAUUUUAUUUUAUUUUAUUUUGGAUUUGAGGACCGAACCCAGGGCCUUGUGCUUCCUAGGCAAGCGCUCUACCACUGAGCUAAAUCCCCAACCCCAAAACCUCUUUUUUUAAGACCAGGGUUUUAUCUAGCUUUAAACUCAGGAAUCCCAAUAAUUGUACCAUCUUUGAUUUCCAUUUUCACUGUGUUUUUUUUGUCUGGUUUGGGUUUGGAUGGGGGGGGGGUGUUUUGUUUUGGUUUUUGUUUUUCAUGACUGGAAAGGCCUGGCUGUCCUAGAACUCAUAUGUAGAUCAGGCUAGCCUCGAACUCAGAGACCCACCUGCCUCUGCCUCCCAAGUGCCCGGAUUAAAGGUGUGAGCCACUAUCAGGUUUGUAGAUAUUUUUUAUAAACAUGGAGUGUAUUUGACUUCAGAGAUGAGCUUUUUUACUCCAAGAACUCUAUGUAAGAGCUACAGGCUUCCUUUCCUGUGGCCUCCAAGUCUUUCUUUACACCCUACUCUUUGAUGCUUCCUUCCUAGAGUACUUACAUAGCCUUGUUAAGGCUUCAGACAGUCACUGACCACUGGACUCUAGUGUUUGCUUUUGCCUUGGCCACUGGUGCUCUCCUGAGGGCGACACGCUGCUCUGUGGAUAAAAUGGCGCUUUCACAGCAGCAAUAUCUGCUUCGUACUUUCGGUCCACUGUGGGGGCGAUGCCAUGAUCGGAGGCCGUGAGCAGCUCAUUUUGCAGGACAAGAUUCUUGUUGUUAGACGCAUUCUGCUCUGUCAAUUGCCCAGAAUUCCGCCCUUCCGUGGUCAGAACUGAAGAGCUGCUUCUCGACACAGACCGAAUGACGUCAUAUACGGCUGACCUCAUGUACAACUCAGGGUGAAUAUCACUUCUCCCUUUACAGGGAAGCAUCUUCCAAACUCUUCCCAAUUUCAGGUUGGCCAUGUAAGGUUUUUUUGUUUUUUAUUAACUGUUUCCAUAAUAAAACUUGAUUUAAAUUCA